GGAGUCGUCGUCUGCCUACGCGGUUCUGCGCCGACAACUCAUAUGAUAUUUUCGUGGGGAAGCAAAGCGUUCUCCCACCAUGAGUAGGAGUUACGACGAGGAGCUGAAGUACCUGGAGAAGCUAGAUGAUGUCACUUGGAAGAUCAAGAAAGGUUUCGUCAAUAACAUGAAAGUCGAGGGCAGGUUCUACGUCAAUCAGCAUCUUGAGAAACUGAUGUUCGAUGAGCUCCGCGAAUCUUGCAAAGGUCGAGUCGGGGGCUUCCUACCAGGAGUGAAACAGAUUGCAAACGUAGCGGCCCUGCCUGGUAUAGUAGGACACUCCAUUGGACUACCGGAUAUUCAUUCAGGAUAUGGGUUCGCAAUCGGGAAUAUGGCCGCCUUCGACAUGGACGACCCCCAGGCUAUAGUUUCUCCAGGAGGAGUCGGUUUCGAUAUAAACUGUGGCGUGCGUCUCCUGAGAACGAACCUAACCGAGAAAGACGUUCAACCUGUAAAGGAACAAUUAGCGCAGUCUCUGUUCGACCACAUCCCCGUGGGUGUGGGUAGUAAGGGGAUCAUCCCCAUGAACGCCAAAGAUCUCGAGGAGGCCCUCGAAAUGGGGAUGGACUGGUCUCUCAGAGAGGGUUACGCCUGGGCUGAAGAUAAAGAACAUUGCGAAGAAUACGGUAGAAUGCUGAACGCAGACCCAUCGAAGGUGUCGUCCAAAGCGAAAAAACGUGGCCUGCCUCAAUUGGGGACACUCGGAGCAGGAAACCAUUACGCGGAAAUCCAGAUUGUCGAUGAAAUUUUCGACAAACAAAAUGCCUCAAAGAUGGGCAUCGAGCACACCGGCCAGGUCUGCGUGAUGAUCCACUCGGGAUCGAGAGGUUUCGGUCAUCAGGUAGCCACAGAUGCUCUGCUAGAAAUGGAGCGCGCCAUGAAGAGGGAUCGUAUCGAGGUCAACGAUCGACAGCUCGCUUGCGCAAGAAUACAUUCCCAAGAGGGACAGGAUUACUUGAAAUCAAUGUCAGCAGCCGCGAAUUUCGCGUGGGUAAACCGCAGCAGCAUGACUUUCCUGACAAGACAGGCAUUCGGUAAAAUGUUCAACAGCACCCCCGACGACCUCGACAUGCAGGUCAUCUACGACGUAUCGCACAACAUCGCCAAGGUCGAGGAGCACAUCGUCGAUGGCAAAAUGAAAACGUUGCUCGUGCAUCGGAAGGGCUCGACGAGAGCUUUCCCCCCUCACCAUCCGCUCAUACCGGUGGAUUAUCAACUGACAGGCCAGCCCGUUCUCAUUGGGGGCACGAUGGGAACAUGCAGUUACGUGCUAACAGGCACCGAGGAGGGCAUGAAAAAUACCUUCGGCAGCACGUGUCAUGGUGCCGGACGAGCUCUGUCGCGAGCGAAAUCUCGACGUGCCCUCGAUUACACGGACGUCCUUGCGAAGCUGGCGGAGAAGAACAUCUCUAUCCGCGUCGCAUCGCCUAAACUGGUCAUGGAAGAGGCCCCGGAGAGCUAUAAGAACGUAACGGACGUCGUGGACACCUGUCACGCAGCGAAGAUCUCAAAGAAAUGUGUCAAGCUCCGUCCGAUCGCCGUGAUCAAAGGGUAGUCCGAUGUCGACGACCAUCGGAUCUCCCUAGUGAUUGUGAUGGAUUUUUUGAUUUAUACACUAUCAAG